CUCAAGACAAAGCUUAGAUCCGAUCUACAAAAUUUGAAAUUCGAAAUUUGAAGAGUUGAGAACAAAACUGUGGUUCGGUUCGAUAGCUUCGGAGCGAUGGGCGAUUUCAAUCUCGCUCUGGUGAUCAUCGCCGUAGUCGUAUGCGUGUUAGUGUUGUUGUUCAAUGUCUACCUCCUUAUCAAUUACCAGCACCCGGACGACGCCAACCAAGCGUAUUUCCCCAAAUUCGUCGUCGUUUUUGGUCUCUUCAUCGCUGCCAUUUCCAUACUCAUGUUGCCGGCUGAUGUCGCCAACCGGCAGGCGUGUCGGCACGCGAUAUACAAUGGCGCGUGUAAUCUCACCUUGCCUAUGAAAGAGCUUUGGCUCGCGGUUUAUAUCAUCGAUGCUGUGCUCGUUUUUUUCGUGAUCCCCUUCGCUAUGUUUUACUACGAAGGAGAUCAGGACAAGAGUAUGGGAAAACGGAUAAAGAGCGCGUUGAUAUGGGUUGUGACAACGGCAAUUGUUUGUGCUCUCUUGCUUGGAAUUCUAUAUGGGCUAGCUGGAAAGGUGGAUUUUAGUGUUAGGCACUUGUCUUCUGACACUACGAAUUUCCCAAGUAAUUGGGAUUUUUCUAGCGGUCAGCCAUGUAUUGGUGGCAGUGGAGCACGUGCGUGCUCUGCAUAUACUGCAAAUACUUCAUCAGAGAAAACAUGGACUAUGCGUACUACCUUUCCAGAAUACGUUGUCGCUCUUGCCACAAUCGUUGGAUCAGUACUUUUCUCGAUAUUUGGUGGUGUAGGUAUUGCUUCUUUGCCCCUUGGGCUUAUCGCUGCAUUUAUACGCCGUCCGAAGGCUGUUAUCACUCGCUCACAAUAUAUUAAGGAAGCAACUGAACUUGGUAAAAGGGCAAGAGAAGUGAAAAAAGCGGCUGAUGGCCUUCGCCAGGAAGAAAAAAGUGGUUCUAAGGGUAGAAAGUGGCGUAAAAAUGUUAAGGCUGUGGAAAAGGAGUUGCUUCAGCUAGAAGAAGAUGUAAAACUUUUGGAAGAGAUGUAUCCUCAAGGAGAAAAGGCUGAAACUUCCUGGGCCUUGACUGUUCUUGGAUACUUGGCAAAACUUGUUUUGGGAAUCCUAGGGUUGAUUGUUUCGGUGGCUUGGAUUGCACAUAUUGUUAUAUACCUUCUGAUCGAUCCACCACUCUCUCCCUUCCUGAAUGAGGUUUUCAUCAAGCUGGACGAUAUAUGGGGUCUUCUGGGUACUGCUGCAUUUGCAUUCUUUUGCUUCUACCUUCUGCUUGCUGUGAUUGCUGGUGCAAUGAUGCUUGGUCUCAAAUUAGUUUUCAUUACAAUUCACCCUAUGAAGUGGGGAGCUACUUUAAUGAACUCUUUUCUGUUCAAUGUGGGACUUAUUCUUUUGUGCUCAAUAAGUGUCAUACAAUUCUGUUCCACCGCAUUUGGGUACUAUGCUCAAGCAACCGCUGCCCAGGAAAUAUUCGGCCACACAUUGGAGUCUCUUCGUGGGAUUAAAUAUUUGUAUAAGUAUAACGUAUUUCAAAUCGCAUUUGUUGUUUUAGCGGCAUUGACCUUCGUGUAUUACAUUGCCUUUGUAAGUUUUCAGGGAUGGAGAAGGAAAAAACCUAGCGGCAAGUUCCAACUUUCCUCUUAAGAAUGUUUUCUAUAUGAUUCCGUUCCGGAGUGUGCUUGUUAUGCUCGGAUGCUUACGGCUGUCGAAGGUUUAGAGAGUGAGAGGCGAUUCCGCCGUCGUUAAAUUGAUUGCCUGAAGUAGAGUGCCCCAACUGCUUUUCUUUAUUCUUGCUUUUAUCACCUUUUG